AUGGGAUUAGUUAAGGAAAUAAGCACCAAUUAUACAACUAUCCCAGAAGUCAGCAAUGAUAAUUUCAAGACAAACUACAAAGUUUUAGUUCUUUAUGAUGUUGACAAGGGACCAGAUAAUAUUCGUCACUUGAUCAAAUGGAUCUUGGACUGUCAUUCGGAUUCAUGUAAAUUCAUUCUUUGCUGUGAAGAUGACGUGAAUAUCGUAGAAUCGGUAACAAGUCGCUGCAGAGUCAUAAAAGUCGAUGCCCCGGUAACUCAUGAGAUCAUGGAGGUAUUAAUUCAGAUUGCAAGGAAAGAAGACUUUGAGCUAUCUUCGAACUUUGCUGCUAAGAUUGCUGCCAAAUCAAAGCAAAACUUGAGGAAAGCAAUCAUGGCUCUUGAAGCAUGCAAAGACACAACUUUUAAUGAAAAAACAGCAGUGACGCUUCAUAUCAUUGUCAGAUUACCUUCUGUAAGGACAAAGCUUCAAAAACUUGUUGGAGAUUUUGUUCAUCCUAAACUGAUCCUCCAGCUGCAGAAGCUGGUAGAAGAGUUUCUAAAGAAAGUUGAAGCCGGUUUAAAAAGGGAACUUUACUACUGGCAUGCUUACUACGUGAGUUUAGCUCCUGAAAUCGUCGCUUUGUUUUGCAGACAAGCAAAAGUUACUUAUAGUUUAUUUGUUCCAGGAAAAGAGACUCCCAGCAGGAACAAGUGCUUUGUUGAAAUUAGAAGAGUUCGCAGCCAAGUUUAUAGGUAUACAUAG